AUGAGCGGCGUCGAGUUCGUGCGCCAGUCGUCGGCGCCGGGCGGCGCCAAGGACGGCCCGCGCAGCGAGCCCUUCUUCGACCACGGCGCCUGCGAGAGCGUCAGCGGGCGCUACGAGAAGCGGGACCGCAUCGGCGAGGGCACCUACGGCAUCAUCUACCGCGCCUUCGACCGGAGGCUCCAGCGCCUCGUCGCGCUGAAGCGGCUCCUGCCCCACAACGAGGCGCAGGACGGCUUCCCGCUGACGUCGCUCCGGGAGGCGGCGGCGCUCCGGAAGCUCCGGGGCCACGCGAACGUCGUCACGUUCCUGGACGUCGCCGUCGGCGCGAAGCGCGACGCCGUGUUCCUCGUGCUGGAGUACGCGGAGCACGGCGACCUCGGGUCGCUGCUCGACGACCCGAAGCUCCGGCGGCCGGGGCAGGCGCGUUUCGCUCGCGCGCAUGCUCCUGAACGCGCUGCGCCACUGCCACGACCGCUUCGUCGCCCACCGCGACGUCAAGGUCGCGAAUCUGCUCUACACGGCGCGGGGCCAGCUCAAGAUCUGCGAUUUGGUUUGGCUCGCGUCAUCGCGCCGCGGUCCGCGGACGGCGCCGCGGCGCCCGGCGACCCCGGCGCCGUGCGCGCGCUGACGAUGAACGUCGUGACGCUCUGGUACCGCGCGCCGGAGCUGCUGCUCCACGCGCGGCGCUACGACCACGCGAUCGACGCGUGGGCCGCGGGCUGCGUCGUCGCGGAGGUGCUGCGCGACGGCCGCCCGCUCCUCGACGGCAAGACGGAGGACGACCAGUUCGCCAAGGUCGUCGACGUCAUCGGCGCGCCGUCGGCGCGGGUCUGGCGGGGCUUCGACGAGCUGCCGCGCGUCAAGGACGGCUCGGCGCGCGUGCCCACGAACCCGUCGGCGUACUACUCCAAGCUCAAGAUCAAGGUGCCGGAGGCCGACGACCGCGCGCUCGACUUCCUGAGCUCCCUGCUCUGCUACGACCCCGUCCAGCGCGCGACGGCGCCCGAGGCCCUCGGCCACGCGUGGUUCGACGACCACCCGCGGCCCGCGGCGCCGCUCGCCAUGCCCCAGUUCCCGCCGCGGCGCGAGGAGCCGCCGCCGCCCGAAACCCGGAAGCGGGGGCGCGACGCGCGAUGAUAAAAAGGGUCGGUG